AUGCCUCAAAGACCGGACUUUGUUCCCCCGACAGAAUCUUCUAUGCAUGUAGGUUCCGUGGUUGGAAUUGUGGUUGGAGGAGUCUUCAUUGUACUACUGAUAUUUGGUAUUCUUUGGAAGAGAGGCCUCCUAGGACAAAAAAAGACAUUGGAGGAUGUUUUGAAGGGUGUGGACUUGCAAACUGGUAAAUUUACCUUCAAGCAACUCAAAGAUGCCACAAGCAACUUUGACAAAGCCAAUAAGAUUGGUGAAGGUGGUUUUGGUUCUGUUUAUAAGGGCGUUCUAGCUAAUGGAACCGUAAUAGCUGUUAAGCAGCUUUCUUCCAAAUCAAAGCAAGGGAAUCGUGAAUUUGUUAAUGAGAUUAGCAUGAUUUCUGCUUUGCAACACCCUCAUCUUGUCAGGCUCCACGGAUGUUGUAUUGAAGGAAAUCAAUUAUUGCUUGUCUAUGAGUACCUGGAAAAUAAUAGCGUCGCUCAUGCUUUGUUCAGGGAAAAAGAAAGUCAUUUGAAGUUGGAUUGGCCAACAAGGCACAAGAUUUGCAUUGGUACAGCAAGAGGUUUGGCUUAUCUUCAUGAGGAAUCAAGAUUGAAGGUCGUUCAUAGAGACAUCAAGGCUACUAAUGUUCUGCUUAAUAAAAAUCUUAACCCGAAAAUAUCUGAUUUUGGAUUGGCCAAACUUGAUGAAGAGGAUAAUACACACAUUAGCACUCGUAUUGCUGGAACUUAUGGAUAUAUGGCGCCCGAAUAUGCAAUGCGGGGUUAUCUGACUGAUAAAGCAGAUGUCUAUAGUUUUGGUAUUCUUGUAUUGGAAAUUGUUAGUGGGAGAAACAACACAACUUACCGGAAAAAGGAAGAAAGCUUUUAUCUUCUUGAUUGGGCACGACUUCUAAAAGAUCAGGGGAAUUUGAUGGACCUAGUUGAUCCAAGGUUGGGAUCAGACUUUAAUAAAGAGGAGAUGAUUGUUGAAAUCAAUGUGGCUCUCCUUUGUUGCAAUGUUACUUCGACAGCUAGGCCUACCAUGUCUUCCGUUGUGAGCAUGCUCGAAGGAAAGACUGUUGUUCAUGAGUCGGUCUCGAAUCCAAAUGCCGAGAGUAUUAAGAUUGAUGCAAUGAGGAAACAUUUUCAAUCUAGUUUUGGAAGGGGCAUGGACGAGAAACAGAUAGAAAUGGGGUCAACUGAAGGGCCAUGGACUGCUUCGUCUGCGUCUGCUCACGAUCUGUAUCCCGUCAAUCCUGAUUCAGAUUACUGGGAGAACAGAAGCGAGAGAAAUUAA